AUGUUCGACGGCUGGACGCAUGCUGGUGUGCAUUACGUCGCCCUGUACGCUGUUUGUGAGGCAGAUGGCGAGGUGCGCGCGCGGCUGCUGGGGCUCUCUCCUCUAACAGACGGCUCGCAGACCGCUGACGCUCACGUGGAGAUGUUCAAGAAAGUUCUCGAGGUUUACAACAAGACCCUAGACAUGGUGGGGUUUCUGGUUGGUGACAACUGCAACACGAACCUAUCCAUCGCGACCAAGAUGGGCGUACCGUUAGUGGGUUGCGCCAGCCACCGGCUCAACCUAGCCGUCAAGAAGUUUUUGGCGCCGUACGAGCCGUUGCUG